AAACACACAGUCUCUCUCUCUCUCUCUCUCUCUCUCUCUCUCUAUUUCACUUGAAAAUCAAAACCCUCCUCCCCCUCCUCUUCCCCCUUUGUGUUUGUUUAUUCACUGAAAUCUCUCUCUCUCUCUCUCUCUCUCUCUCUCUCUCUCUCCCCACAGAUCUCUCUCUCUCUCUCUCUCCCCACAGAUCUCCUCAUCAGUAACAACAACACACACCCUCCCUCAAGAAACACAGAAUCGUAACUUUAAUCACACCCAUGGAUGUUCCUCCAGAAACAGAGUCGUUUUUGAGAGAAACCGUCGAUUUCUCUCUGGGCCUUCCCGUCUCUACAACUACUCUGGAGACCAAGCUUCGUGUUUCCCAGGAAUCGCAUCGGAGAAUUUACCACCAGUAUCUCUCUUUGCGAGCCAAUCUCAACGCCAAAGAUCAACAAAUUCAAUGUCUUAGGGCUGAGUCGAGUAUGAAUGCCCAAGCUGUGAAGAAAUUUGUAGAAGAAAACCAGAAAUUGGCUAUGGAGUGCUCAAACUUACUUUCUCAGUGUAAGAAGUGGGAGCGAGAGUGUGCGCUGUAUGAUCGUGACCGCGAAGCAUUGAUGGAUUUCGGAAAUGAAGCUGAUGACCGUGCGAAGCAAGCAGAAUCCCGUGUACAUGAUUUGGAGGAAGAGUUGAAAAAAUUAUCUCAAGAGUUGAUAAGAUUAUCCGAGGAUCUGCGGUUUUACAAGCAUCAGUUUGAGAUGCCAGUGGUUGAUACAUCAGUAGGAGCCACAGCUGUGGAAAACAAACUAGUUGAAUCUCUGUUGACAAGCUUGAUUGGCAAAGAUGAUGUUGCUUCAAAAUCACUUGCAUUUUUAGAGGCAAACAGUGAGUUGGAAGUAUGCCAAAGGCUGCUAAAAAUGAGGAAUAGCUUGAGGCCAUCAACCCAAAAUGUUUUAGCACUACUCUCAGAGAUUAAGAGCCUCCACACUGACAAGGAACAUUUGAGGAUCAAUCUUCAUAGAGCUGAAGAGGAGGUGAAAGUCUUAUCUGAAGAGAAUGACAUACUGGAUACUGAGAACAAAAGGUUGAUAAGGAAAGUCCUGAAAGAAGGUCAAAACUCUGAUUCUGCUGGAAAACACACUAGCAGUGGAUCUGUGAAGGGAAAUAAGCGGAAAUCUAGCCCCAAGAUGGGUAGCCUUGUUACAAAGAAAAUUGAUCUAAGUGAUUUUGAUUCAACAAGACAGCCUUUAUAUCCCUUGCAAACUGAAAAUGUAACCUGCCCGAGUCCAGAAUUUACUUGAAGCAAACUGUGAAGAAUUUAUCAUUAACUGUAGUUCAUUAUACUUCUUAUCUUGCAAAUGGCGAAUUAAAUUUCCCGGGCACUUGUAACAUCCGUAGAAGAUUUUUUUUUUUAUAAAUAACAUAGCCUUGAUGAUACAUUCUGUUACUGUUAUUUACGUUACUAUGCUUGUAACUACUGAUUGGGCCUUUACUGGAGGGUGAAAGAGAACAUUGGAAAUGAUUCUCUAUUCAUUGCCAUUGAUAUAAAAGUUAAUGUUGGUUA